AUGGCAUUGCCAGAGCGGCACCAGCCACUGCACAAGACGGAGGUGAGGUGCGAUAGCGAAGGUGGAGCUGUUACGGUGAGGAUAACCGACAGCCGUAAUCAACAGGUGGGUCCAGAUAAAGAGCGUGACCCGGUCGACAUGGGCUCCUCCAAGCCUUGCAAAUACAGUAUCUCGUCAAGCUGCAGCUCAGGGGAGUUGGGUGUUCCCAGGGCUGUGAUGACUCAUCUGAGCAGUCCGAGGAGAGUGCCGCCGCUGUUCGAGAGGUCUGCUGCGCAGUGCUGGGACCCCAAGUUUGACUCUUCCAUCUUGGAGGAGGCGUGCAGGGAGCGUUGCUUCCCACAGAUGCAGAGAAGAUUCCGCUACAUCCUGUUUUACCUGGCCACCGCUGCGCUUCUGUGGGGGAUAUACUUCGGGAUCAAUAGCACCAGGUGUGACCCUACAAACUUCCUGGUCCCCACAGCGGGAUUUCUUGUACUGUGCCUACUCCUCCUCUGGUUUACGUUUUCAAGGCCAUAUUCGCGUUUCUACAACCACACGUCUUUUCUACUUACAGUGAUCAUGUUUGGGAUCACCUUGGCGCCUCAAACCCAAACUGCUCACUUUGCCCAUUUUGAUGUCCAAAAACCAGGCAAUCAGUCACUACUACCUAUGUCUCAAAAUGCUCCAUGCAUAUCACCCGUUGGGACAUUCUCCCUCUGUAUGGAGGUGCUGCUUUUGUUGUACAGUGUGUUGCAUUUGCCCCUGUACAUGUCGGUGCUUCUCGGCCUGCUGUAUUCUGUCCUCUAUGAGGCUUUAGGCUGGCUGCACCUUGCCCAAAUGGUCGAUAGCUACAUAGAGUCAGAAAGGUCGGACUUGAGCUGGCUCGGCCCCGGUAAAGUCCUGCUGCACCUGUGCGCGCAUAUCAUCGGCAUCCAAAUAUUCAUCAUGUCCGAAGUGCGCUCUCGGAGUACCUUUCUCAAGGUAGGUCAGGCGAUCAUGCACGGGAAGGAUCUAGAGGUCGAGAAGGCGCUGAAGGAGCGGAUGAUCCACUCCGUGAUGCCGCGGCUGGUGGCGGACGAGCUCAUGAAGCAAGGAGACGAGGAAAGCGAGAGCUCUGGGAAGCGAUACAGCGCAGGUACCUGCUCCGUCGGCACCACAUCUGCCGCGACCUCGUCCAGCCCCAAAAGCAACAAACGUAAGAAAAACUCUAUCCCUCGCGGACAAAUCAUCUUCAGGCCCUUCAACAUGAAGCGCAUGGAGCGGGUGAGCAUCCUCUUCGCUGACAUCGUGGGAUUCACCAAAAUGAGUGCCAAUAAGUCCGCCCCUGCACUGGUAGGACUGCUAAACGACCUCUUCGGUCGCUUCGACCGUCUUUGUGAGUUGACCCGCUGCGAGAAGAUCAGCACUCUAGGAGAUUGCUAUUAUUGUGUGGCGGGCUGCCCUGAGCCGCGUGCCGAUCACGCGUACUGCUGUGUGGAAAUGGGGCUCGGGAUGAUCCAGGCCAUCGAGCAGUUCUGCCAGGAGACGUUGGAGACCGUGGACAUGCGUGUCGGCGUGCACACCGGCACCGUGCUCUGCGGCAUUCUGGGAAUGAAGCGCUUCAAGUUUGACGUUUGGUCCAAUGAUGUCAAUUUGGCUAAUCUCAUGGAACAACUCGGUGUGGCGGGAAAGGUGCACUUGUCGGAAGUCACAGCAAGUUUUCUGGAUGACCGUUACGAGAGGGAGGAUGGACGAGUGAUGGAACGUGUCGGGCACAGUGUUAUUGAUCAGCUGAAAGGUUUAAAGACGUAUCUGAUCUCAGGACGGAAGAUGGGAUCUCAGUGUGGCUGUUCCCAGCUCAGCUUGGGCCGAGACGUCGGCGAGAUGUUGAGUCCGUCCUCAAACACGCACACUCCGGAUCUCACACACUUCGCCGUCGAUGAACCUCUCUCACACGGCAAGCCUGUGUGUACAUCCUGUAGCAUCUCCGUAGAUGUCGUUGACAGUCCGAUAGCGGAUGAGGCGACUCGAAAUGGCUGCCAGGAUGAACACAGAGCCAACAGCAGUAAGUUUCCUGCAGGCCGUAGUCCUAAAACCCUGAACGGGCUGUUGAGUCCUCUGUGUGAGGAGCGGGUGCGAGUCAGCCAGUCGUCUCUGUGCGACAAACUCCAGGAGAAGGACAGGAGCUGGGUGGGAAGUCUGGCCGCAGAAGGAGGCAGCGCCAGCGGCAUGGACCACUCCGCCAUCCUCCCGCUGCGCUCCAAGAACUUUCGGGAGAAAAGCGACGUGCACUUUGUGGAGGUGAUAAAGGAAGACAGUCUGAUGAAGGAUUAUUUCUUCAAGCCACCCAUUAACAAACUGAGUCUGAACUUCCUGGAAGAAUCUCUGGAGUCAGCUUACCGUACCAGCUACCAUGAGCAGGUGGUGAAUCAGGUGCCGAUGCAGACGUUCGCGAGUCCGGUCUUCAGCUCGCUGCUCGAUGUUUGUCUGUCUUGUGUUGUUUUUAUCGCCCUGACCAUUGCCUGCUUCCUGUAUCCUCCUGUUACCAUGGGGACGGCCCUGGCAACCACACUCGGUCUGGCAAUCACAGCCGCUCUGUUGGAACUGGUUUCUCUCGUUUUGUCCAUUCGUAUGGUGUUUUGUCUGGAUAAUGUCCAGAAUUGUACCCGGUCUCUGUUGAAGCUGGUGUCUGGCUGGCUCCCGCGUCACGUGAUCGGGGCUGUGCUCGUUUCACUUCCUGCCGUGUCCGUCUUCUCCCACCUGGCUUACAGUCUGCAGCUGCCCAUCCAGGUGACCAUGUUCCUGUGCUGUGCUCUCAUUAUUGCUAUUAUCCAGUACUGUAACUUCUGCCAGCUGAGUUUCUGGAUGCGCUCUGCUCUGGCCACUGUGGCUGGUUUGUCUUUACUCAUCCUGCUCUACAGCGCCACCACCGGGCCCAGUGUCACUGAGAGUUUUCCAACCUCUGGGAACAUGAGUAACCAGAGUGCCCCAGUGGAUCAGUCAGGUGAGUUGGACUCUGCGCCCACAGCGCUCGACCUCCUCGUCCUAGAGACCGUUCUCUCCUUCUUCCUCCUGCUGCUGCUGGUCUGGUUCCUCAAUCGGGAAUUCGAGGUCAGCUAUCGCCUACACUACCACGGGAAUGUGGAAGCUGACAAGCAUCGCAUCAAGAUCCAGACUAUGCGAGAUCAAGCGGACUGGCUGCUGCGUAACAUCAUCCCCAUCCAUGUAGCCGAGCAGCUGAAGGUGAACCAGAGCUACUCUAAAAACCACGACAACGUCGGGGUCAUCUUCGCGAGCAUCGUCAACUUCAGCGAGUUCUACGAAGAGAGCUACGAAGGCGGGAAAGAGUGCUACCGAGUGCUCAACGAACUCAUCGGAGACUUCGACGAACUCUUGCGCAAGCCUGCGUUCUCCAAUGUAGAGAAGAUUAAAACCAUCGGCGCAACCUACAUGGCAGCGUCCGGAUUAAACGGGCAGCAGUGCCAGGAACAGCCACAUCCGCACGCCCACCUACGCGCCCUCUUUGACUUCGCCCUCGAAAUGAUGCGCGUGGUGGACGAUUUUAACAAGAACAUGUUGGGUUUCAAGUUCAAGCUGAGAAUUGGCUUCAACCACGGGCCCCUAACUGCCGGCGUCAUCGGCACAACCAAGCUGCUUUAUGAUAUUUGGGGCGACACGGUCAACAUCGCUAGCCGCAUGGACAGCACGGGAGUGGAGUGCCGCAUACAGGUUAGCGAAGAGAGCCACUGCGUGCUCAGCAGAAUGAACUACGCCUUCGAUUACCGCGGGACUGUAAACGUGAAAGGGAAAGGGCAGAUGAGGACUUACCUGUAUCCCCAAAUGAACGAAGGCAGAACGGGGUCCACGCAAAGCCUGGAACAAGGCCAGGUGGACGGUGCCGUCGGGCAUUUAGACCCAACGCCCAACGCACUUGCCAACGCAACAACUACAACAACCGCUGCACCACUAAAUCCAUCCACCUCUAUCAGUGGCCACGGUGUGCCUCAGGGCUUUGUAUUAGGCCCGUCUCAGAUUACAAAGGAGUUGCACCAAGACACUAAGGACAAUUCUCCUGUCCCCGAGCUCAAAGAAAAGGAUUACGAGAGUCCUUAUCAAGCACCAUCGCUAAGUGGUACACAACCUCCCUCGAUAGCACAACUGUACGCGCCGUUAGCCAGACCAGAGACGCCUUUACAAGCAGAGGAAGAUGAAGACGCAGAUGAGCGUACGAAGCUCAGGGCAGUGGAGUGAUGCAGAUUUCAGAUUUCCUCCUCACCUCGGCUGACCUUCUUCAGGAGCCAAUCAGCGGUCUACUUCCUUCACGGGGCUUUUCCGACCACAACUGUUGGAGUUCCAAUGAGUAGCAUUAGCCUGUAUAGGGCGUAUGUGUUGAUAACGUGACCUAAAUAGAAAAAUAGAUGCGCUAAGCAUCUGCUGUGUGGAUCACAGUGUAGCACAGAGGGUAAACGGAUAGAGUUAAUAUUUUUGAUGUUCUCUAAUAUGUGUUUUUUUUUUUGUUUGUUUGUUUAUAAAGUGCCUUUAUGAUAUGUAAGAUCAGUCAGAUGAACAAAUGAAAAAGAAGUGUGAUCAAAUAUAUCAGCAUGGCUUUUUGAAAAGAUGUGGACAGUGGAAAAAUGCCAUAUUAAUUUUAUUUUUUUCAUUUAUUUCAGUAUUUCUUUCUCUCUUUGAGACAAAAUAAUCAAAAACAAGCCAGUUGCUAAUUAGAAACAGGAUUACAGGUUGUUUUGAAGGGAUAGUUUACCAAAAAAUGAAAAUUUUGUCAUUAAUUACUCACUUUCAUGGUAUUCCAAACCUGUAAGACCUUCAUUCAUUUUAAAAACACAAAGUAAGAUAUUUUUGAUGAAAUCCGAGAGCUUUCUGACACUGCAUAAACAGCAAUGCAACUACUAUGUUAAAGGCACAGAAAGGUAGUAAGAUAUCGUUAAAAUAGUCCAAUGGUUCAACCUACAAGAAUACUUCUUUGUGCACAAAGAAAACAAAAAGAACGACUUUAUUCAACAAUUUAAUCAUUCUGCACUGUAAAAAACAAUUUGUUGAUUCAACUUAAAAUAAUUUAUCCGCCUGCCUUAAAAUUUUAAGUUCAGUCAACUCAAAAACGUUUAGUCAACUUGAAAUAUUAAGUUGUACUGACAACUUAGAUAUUUGAGUACAUUCAGCUUAAAAUUUUAAGGCAGCUGGGUAACAAGCCCAGCUUUUAAGUUUAACAAAACAAAUUGUUUGUUUAGUCAAUUCAAAUAUCUAAGUUUUCACUCAGUAAAACUUAACAUUUCAAGUUGACUUAACUUAUUUGAGUUGGCUGAAUUUUUAAGUCUGCAGGAUAACAAAUAAUUUUAAGUUGACUCGACAAAUUGUGUUUUUUUAUUAUUAUAUAUAUUUUUUUUUUACAGUGUGUGUCUUCGACGCGUUAACGACAACAUAUUGUUAAAUAAAGUCAUUAUUUUUGUUUUCUUUGCUCAUGAAAAGUAUUCUUGUAGCUUUGUAACAUUACGGUUGAACCACUGAUGUCACAUGGACUAUUUUAACAAUGUCCUUACUACCUUUCUGGGCCUUGAACAUGAUUGUACCGUUUCUGUCUGUGUAGGGUCAGAAAGUUUUUGGAUAUCAUCAGAAUUAUAUCUAAUUUUUAAGUGGUAAAAUAUCGUUAAAAUAGUCCAGUGGUUCAACCGUAAUGCUAUGAAGGUAUGAGAAUACUUUUUGUGCGCAAACAAAGCAAAAAUAAUGACUGUUCGUGAUAGUACCACAACGCAUUGUUAAAUAAAGUCAUUAUUUAUGUUUCUUUGUGUACAAAAAGUAUAAGUUUAUGGUUAAACUAUUUGACUAUUUUAACAAUAUUUGACUACCUUUCUGUACUUUGAACAUAGUAGUUGUGUUGCUGUCUAUUCAGGGUCAGAAAUCUCUUGGAUUUCAUCAAAAAUAUCUUAAUUCAUGUUCUGAAGAUGAACGAAGGUCUUACGGGUUUGGUACGACAUGAAAGUGAGCGAUCAAUGACAAAAUGUUCAUUUUUGGGUGAACUAUCCCUUUAAGGUUCUUUUAAUGAAUAAACUGAAUUAGUUUCACUGCUCUACUACUUGGGCAGUCACUUACAUCACAUUAAAAUGAAACCAAGGAUUCAAGGGCGGAUAGAUAAUUACGAGCUUGUGACACUUCUGUCCACAAUGCUCAUAUUAAUAUCCACUAUAUCUGGCAGCAACAAUGUAGCUUUCAUCAAUGGGAAGUAAAAGCGGCUCACGCACAAUAGCACCCUAAACUCACAAAAUGAGGAAAACGGCACAAUCAGCCUUAUUUGUCGAAUCGCAAUCAAGAUGGCAGAAGCCAUGCUGUGCGCUUCAUUAGAGGACACAAGGGCCGGUGAUUGUAAUGCAUUUGGAAAUUUAGAGUAUAUUUGUUGUAAACAAGCUGUUUGGAGUUUUUUUUUUUUUUUUUGCAGAAAAUUAACCUCGGAAUUUAAUGUUUCUCGGAAUGUCCUACAGGAUUUAUUUUUUUCAGCAUGGCACUUACAGAAGGAAUAGUUCACCCAAAAAUGUUAAUUUUGUUAAUAACUCACCCUCAUGUUGUUCCAAACACGCAAGACAUUCGUUAAUCUUUGCAACACAAAUUAAAAUAUUUUUGAUGAUUUCCAAGAGCUUUCUGACCCUGAAUAUACAGCAACGCUACUGAAACAUUCAGUAGUCCAAAUGAACUAUAGGGAAAUAUUCCAUUUGUCAUCAGUGGUUCAACUGUAAUAUUAUGAUGCAAUUUUGUGCGCAAAGAAGGAAAAAUCACAAGUUUGUUGAACAGUUUCUUCUCUUCUGUGUCAGUCUUCACACGUUCACGCAACACGUCUUCGCGCACCAAAAGUAUUCUCGCAAUGUCUUAAAAUUGCGGUUGAACCACUGAUGUCACAUGGACAUCAGGUCAAAAAGCUCUCGGAUUUCAUCCGAAAUAUCUUUCUGAAGAUAAACGAAGGUCUUACGGGUUUGGAAUGAGAUGAGGGUAACUAAUUAAUGACAGAAUUUUCAUUUUUUGGGUAAACUAUCCUUUUAAGGAUCUUAAUGGCAUCGUUUUACCUUAAAUAUCCAGUAAACUCCCGCCAACGAAGCCUUCAAUGAAGUGUUCGGUUGAACAGAUCUUGUAGCUGAAUUGUUUAUCAGUGCAUCUUAAUUCAUUUCAUUCAGUGCCUCAAACUUUUUCAUAUCCGAAUCAGUUGGUUUUCACUGUGAUCAAGUUGGCGUCGCCAUCGUUUUUAUUGAUCACCGUGCACUUGUGAUAACAGGCCUUGAGAAAGAAGGUUCUCGUGCUGCCAUGGCUGGCGAUUGGCUUGCAAUUUUGGUAUAAAAGCCUACUUUUUUUAGAAGAUUUGUAUCUGAUAGCUUUUUUUGUGCCGAUUUUUGACAGCUCUUGAAAUUUUUUUUUUUUUUUUUGACAUUUGUGCAGAUUGUGAUAUUUCUUUGCUUUUCUUUACCUGAUUUUGUCUCUGAUGCAUUCAGAACACUAGAGAACGAAUAAUCUACAGUAUAUCUUGCGACGCGUCUUACAUUUCAAUCAACGAGCAAAGCAAUUUUAGUUUUUCAAAGCAAGUCCAUCAUGUAUAACGAAUAAGCUUGGCUCUUCUUUAUUUCUGUUUACAGAGCAAUCACUAGUUUGUUCUCAAAAAUGGAAAACAUCCAGUGCCUUUUUGUUUUUUUUGUUUGUUUUUUUUGUCCUCCCUCAAUUGUAAAAAAGAGAGUCGAAAUAGCUUUCAGAACACCUGCAAUAUUAUGUUAUUGUAUCAUAUUAUUAUUUCCUCUUUGAUGUGAAUUAUAAUUCCAGCCUUUUUUAAGAAAAUGUACACUGUGUAUCUUUAAAUGGAACUUUUCGGGAUGGAAAAGGGAUUUAAUUUUGCUGUUAAUUGUUUUAUGGUGCACUGCUUUCCAGCCAACACAUUCACCUUUGAGUUAUUGUAUCACUCCAUUGGCUAAAGAAGCCCAGUGCUGACAGUAUUGAUUAUAAUGAAUUGUGCAUAAUGUAUGUGGUUUUGUAUUAAAUGCAUUUGUAUUUAUUGGGGCUGUGCAUGAAUCGGUGCGCAGCCACGGAGCCUAAUAUCAAAAGGGCAUAUUUAUAAAAGGGAGCCACUUAAAGCAAGGCGGAAUGGGUUUUUAAACCCAGUUUCACCUAUAACAUAACAAGCACCUAAGGCCUAACUGUUGAAAAGUGCCUCGGAUUCAAUUCUACUAAAGUUUUAUGAUAUUUUAAAAUGGAAAAGUGUGAAUUUUAAGAGUUUUGUGUGUGAUCGUCCCACUUUUUCACCACUGCCUGCACCCCUUGUAGGUUUUCUGCAUUUUAGUUUUGAAAAUCAAGAAAUAAUUUCGUUUUUCACUGCAUCACAGUUUUGUUUUAUAUAAAAUUGAACAAAUCUUAAUUGGUUAACAGACAUAUUUGAGUGUUUUGGUGCUCGAGUGUUAAAAAAACGUGCCCUUGAAUAUGACUUCACAUGCUUUUAUUACUGUGUAUUAAUUAUUUUUGUGCCAUAUAUGGGAAUAUGUGUAUACCAAAGAAUUUUAAAUAGUGUGGGCAGAAGCUGCAAGACAGAGCUGUGGAAUGUGGGCAAGAUGUUGUUUUUGUGAUUUUGUUUUUUUCCAGCAGCACAUGUUCUUCAAUAAUUUGUUCUUAUGCACAUGAGACACAGCGGGUAUUGAUUUAUUAGCCGUUAUAUCCAGGCAAAAAGCAUAAUCUGUAUACAUUUGCACAGUGCACUCACUUUGUAUGUACAUAUCAUGUAUUGUUUUAUUUGAUUUUUAUGUUUCAAAAUGGAUAAUACAUGUGCAUGUGUCAGAUUUCGAGAGUAGAGAAACAAUGAAAAGAUUUCAGAA